AUGUCGCCCAUCAGUUUAGCUACUCCCAACCGAGAACCCUACACACUAAGCAAGGAGCAAGUCGAGUCUUACCACAAGGACGGAUUUCUUUUGAUCCCAGACUUUUUCUCGGCUGAUGAGCAUCGAACGCUCGAAGCUUACUGUCAAGAAUUCCAAAACUGGGCCAAAGAGAAGGGCAAAUGGAUGCAAUACUAUGAAAUCAAUACGGUAACUGGUGAAAAUCAAUUGUGUCGUACCGAGAACUUUACUCCAUUCCAUGAUGGUAUGGCAAGCUAUGUCAAGAGUCCUCGCCUUUUGCAAGUGAUCAAGAAGCUCUACGGUGAAGACUACAACCUGUACAAGGAAAAGGUCAAUUACAAGCUUCCUGGAGGUGGUGGUUUCCCUGCUCAUCAAGAUUUCAAGGCAUUCCGUUUUGGCAAGUCCUCGCACAUGACCGUGAUGUUUACUGUGGACGCCACGACGGAUGAGAAUGGCUGUUUAGAAGUGGUUCCUGGAUCUCAUAACAAUGAGUUUGAAGGACGGGGCCUCCCUCAAGAAACUGAUGGAUCAAUAGCUGUGGAUUGGUGCAAGCAGCAGGAAUGGGUGCCUGUCUAUUGCAAGCCUGGAUCCAUCUUGAUCUUUGGGGCAUACCUUGCUCAUCGAUCUGGUGACAACAAAACCGAGAAGCCUAGACAAGCUAUUUAUCUGACAUACAAUGCUGCCAGUGAAGGUGAUUUCCGUGAUGAAUACUAUGAUGAGAAGCGCAAAGUCUUUCCUCCAUCAUACGAGAGAGAGGAAGGAAAAGAUUAUAGUGAGGGUGCAACCAUUUAUAACUUGGCAACGCCUAUUCGUUCUUAA